AUGAAGAAGAUUUGGAAGUCAGUUUUACGCACGAUGAAAAACCGGAAUUAUCAGCAAAAAGCAAUUAAAUAUGCUGAAGAUAUGGAGAAAACUGAGGCCGUUCAUCGAGCGCCUCGGCAUCCGACGGAGCAGAAAUAUUUCCAAAAAGUCCAAGCCGACGAAAAAAUUACACAGGAAAUAAAAAGAAGGAACAAUAUUUUAAUAGACAAUAUGAACAAAAUUACAGUAACUUCUUCGGAACCAGAAAGUCGUUGGACAACAACAAAAGAAUUACAGUCAAAAGACACGGAGUGGGUUCAUAGGAAUGACCAAAUAUGGGAAUUUGGAUUUUAUGAGCCUCCACCAGAAAAAGUACCCAAGGGAAAAUUGAUGUUUCGAGAAGCUAUUGAGAUCCUGCGAACACAAUGUGACAGAGAUUUCGUAUUAAAAUUGAAUGAAGAACGCAGAGAUAUUUUACUGCCUCAGAUCCUAGAAAGUUUAGAAAAACAUCCCGGCAUGCAGAGGAUUGGUAAUGAAUCUUUUAACACAAUUUGGCAGUAUUUUAGACCAUUCGAGCGGAAGGAACAACAAUAUGUUGUAAAAAGGAAAGAUAUAGAUGAGCUUCGCGAUAUAAUGUUGGGUUUCGACAAAGAACGCAGAGUGCCAUCGUUGGAAAGUUUGAAAAGAAAACAGGAGCAGGAGCUUGAGGAUGAAUUUCAUUUUCGUUUGGAAGAAGGUUUAUUGGAUGAAGGUGAAAAAGAAAGGAUGGAAAGAUUAGAAAAAAUGAAGGAAUUAAAGGCAAAAGACGAUGUGCGACUUUCACAAGAACUAAAAAAGCUUGGUCUUGUGAAUGAAAAUAAAGAGCCGGAUAAGGCAGUUAAGGACGAUACAGAAAUACGACGUUUGGAACAAGCGAAAUGA